UACCAAUUUUUACUUUCAAAUCUAAUAAAUAUGACCUUUAAUAUUAUAUUUAUAAACGUAUUCUUUUUAAUACAUCUUAAUAAAUACAUAGUUACUUGUAUAUUUUGCUUGUGCAUUAAUUUAUAUUUGGCAUUUUUGGGGAAGGGAAAAAAAUCAGAUAAAAAAAAUUGCGUCAUUUGUAAAUAAUACACAUAGAGUCGUAUUUUUUGACAUUACCACUGUAGAUCAUGCUGCUUAUGAAGAGUAUUAAAAGUCAGAAGCGCAGUUCGUCCUCGCGGCCGCAGGGUGGCGCUCGCCGCACACAUCCCACUCAAACCUGUCCACAGAUACAGGAUUCUGAGCUGCUGGUCUUACAUCUGAUCGCACGGUUGCAUAUUCGAGAAAAUUAGAUUGCUAAAUUAUUAUUUCUGCUCUAGUCUUUGUGCUCGGAAGGUUUUAGGCGUCCUGUUAUCCACUGAAACAUCACCUCGCUGCUACUGAUGCUGGAAUAAAGACACGGCUUCGUCCCCAUCCGCGAGCGCACAAUGAAUGAAUGAACGAGGCAAGUGAUGCUGUGCUUUGCCCGCUAGUGGUAACGCAUAACAGCUUUUGUUCUGUAUUUGUCCACUUGCAAUAACGAACCUGGCGUGGCGUUAAGAUGUUCCCGUCGUGCUAUUCCAAACCCAAAAAUGGGUCUCAAUUCAAGAUGUCUUACACUAAAGUGAUUUUUGGGGUGUUGGUGGUGUAUGUCCUCCAUACGUGCUGGGCCAUGUACGGCUUCAUUCACACCAAACCCUGUGACAGCUCUAAAGGUGACAGCUGCGUUACAUCUUACCUCACUGUCAAGCCUCGACUUCAGCUCAGUGUCUAUUCCGCUCUGGACCCCACUGAUGAAACUGGAUACAACCUACUGUUCAAAGUGGACAGAUUUGACAUCAACACCAAGUUUGAAAGGAAGGUGAGUGUCGCGGUUCCUGAGAUGACCCAUAACAAUGGGACGGUCCAUGCUGUAGUGUUUGUGCACAAGAGUGGAGUUGUGCCUUGGAAAGACAGCAGACAUGUGCGGCUUGUGGCCCGUCUCACCUCUCAAAUGGUCCCUCUUCAGUCUGGCAACCGUGAGGCACCAGAAGAGCAGCAGAUUGUUUCUUACUGGAGAUCACGACUCACCUUGAACGUAAUGAAUGAGGAUUUCACCUUCAACAGUGCUGCAGUGCCCAGCGACCUUCGCCGCUAUAUGAAAAUAGUUGAAGACGGGAAAAAGGAAAAAAAGACAUUUUAUCUGCCACUGCUGCUGGUUGAUGAACUAAGAAGCAGACUAAAUGACUUGAUUGAGAUGGACAGCGCUGCAAAAACAGUCCCUCUGACAAUAUCAUAUGACACCAUUACCUUAUGCAAGUUCAGAAUAUGGAUCCACAUACAAGCUGUUAUAUACUCACUCAAACAUUUUGGAUUUUCGGAGAAGAAUCUUGAUGAUAUUAAAGCCAUGCUUGUUGAGAGUGGGCUGCAUGUCUUGGCUUUGUCCAUUCUAGUACCUGCAUUCCAUCUAUCAUUUGAAAUCUUUGCCUUCAAGAAUGACAUAAGGUUCUGGCGAGAAAAGAAGAGUUUAGCCGGCAUUUCUAGAAGAUCUGUUGUGUGGAGAUGUUUCAGCACCAUCGUAAUAUUCCUCCAUCUACUAGAAGAACAAUCCAGCUGGCUGAUUCUGCUUCCCACCGGGAUCUCGGCUCUAAUUGAGUUAUGGAAAGUGAAAAAGAUCUUGGCGCUUUCACCCAAAUUUCAUGAUGAAAGAAUGGAUGAUUUCGAGCGAGCUACGGAAGACUGUGAUUCUAAGGCCAUGAAGUUCUUGUCAUAUCUGAUGUAUCCAUUGUGUAUCAGUGGGGCCAUAUACUCAUACUUAUAUCUCAAAAAUAAAAGUUGGUACUCUUGGAUAACCAAUGGCCUUAUUAGUGGUGUUUAUGCAUUUGGAUUUCUGUCAAUGGUUCCUCAGUUGUUCAUCAAUUAUAAGUUAAAAUCAGUGGCUCAUCUGCAGGUGUCCAUCUUUAUGUAUAAGGGCUUGAACACAUUCAUCAGUGAUGUGUUCAGUGGAAUAAUAACCACUCCUGGACCCCAUCAGUUGGCGUGCUUCAGAGAUGAUGUUGUCUUCCUCAUCUACCUCUAUCAGCGCAGGAUUUACCCAGUGAGCAAGUCCAGGUCACGUGAUUUCGGUGCAUCACACAGGAAGAAACCCAAAGGAAAGCUACAUGAAGACUAACCCUCCACAGCGUUCCCUGACAGCUUGCGCUCUCCAUAUG